CCAUGUUAUCAAUUCAUGGUGAUUACUACACAACACUUAUUGUUAACAAGAAGAAGAAUUUGUAAACAAACGAUUUCACAGACCAACAUCUUUGAUAAAAUGGCCGAUUACUGGGUAUCAAAUGAACGGAAAUACUGUGAUUUCUGUAAAUGUUGGAUAAGUGACAAUAAGGCGAGCAUUUCUUUCCAUGAAAAUGGCAAGCGACAUAAAAUGAAUGUGGCCAAGCGGAUUACGGACAUUAGCCGUAACAGCGAAAAGGCCGAACAGGAAAAACGAAAAAUGGAUUUAGAGAUACGGAAAAUGGAAGAGGCCGCCAUGAAAUCCUAUGCCAUGGACAUACACAGUCGGGGUGAUAUGACAGCCAAAUCCAUUAAUGCCGUUAUGACAGCCGGCAUUGGACCAUCAACAUCUGGUGGUGGUGGAGGUGAUAUGACACAGCCACCACCUCCCAGUAAGUAUCGCCAACAAGAUCCCCUUCGCCUUGCUGGUCCUGAAGACGAGGAUGAUCUUCCUCGUGUAUCGGUGGCCAAAAAACCCGAUCCAGCUGCUGUACCAAAUGCAUCCCUUUGGGUUGAGGGUAAAACCGAUGAGGGUUAUUCCUACUACUGGAAUGUAAAAACCAAUGAAAGUGUUUGGGUAGCACCCAAGGAAGGUUAUCUCUCGUGGGAGGAAUAUCAACGUAUCAAUGAUUUGGCCGUACAGCAGCAAGAGUUAAAACAAGCCGAAGAGGCCAAAAAGUUUCGUGAAAAUGUCAAUGAAGAGGUGGCACGUUAUAAUCGUGAACGGCUGAAAGUUUUUCAGAGUCACACAACGGCGGCUGAGAAAAAGGCCGAGGAGGAAGUUCGAGAGACCUUUAAGACGGAGGAAGAGGCCAAGGCCCCCGUCAUGGGUGAAUGGCAGACGGUGGAAACAAAACCCCCACCCGUGCCCAUUAAUUUGGAACUACCUCAAGUAAAUAACUACUAUGUUGCCCCAGUUGUUUCCGACAUCCCCGCCGAGCCCCCUGUAAAACGCUUUAAAGAAAAAACCAUAACAAGAUUAGAUCCUGAAGUUGCCAGCGGCACAUCGACUUCAUUCAAAAAACGCAAAUUUGCUGCCAAGGGAAAUGCCAGAAAACGUUUGGACGAUGACUAAGCCUAUAGCCCGUAGAAUAAUUUAUAAGACUGAAAUUAGUACCUGGAACAUUCGACCCUUGCCUUUUGUCCUAUAAUAAAAUAUGGAAUAUUCCCAAUAAAAUUUAAAAUUUGCUUUGUGAUUAAACAUAACAAAUAAAAAAAAAAACUUAAAAUCCUU